AUGGUCGCAUGGAGAGCUGCUGGCAUCAACUACGUGAGGUUCUCGCAAAUUGCUGCGCAGGUAACGAGGCAGUGUUCUAAGGUAUGUGGCGAAAUUAUGUACAGUGUGGUAAGAAGUAGUGUGCGAGUGGGAGGGUUCGUGUAA